AUGUUGUUAAAAAAUAUUGUCGGAGAAUUUUUAGUGGAUAGUGGUGCUGAUUUAAAUUUGAUUAAAUUUUCGAAAUUGAAGGGAGAAGUGAGAAUGUUAACAAGUAAGACAGUACAACUAAGAGGUAUAAAUGCGACAGCAGUUUUAACAUUAGGUAGAACAACAUUAGAUUUAAUAGCAGGUGACGUAAAACUAUCAUCAGAAUUCGAAAUAGUAUUUGAUGACUUUCCGAUUUAUGUAGACUGUAUAAUGGGAAAAAAAUUAUUGAAGGAAUAUAAAAUGUGCAUUGACCUAAAGAGGAACGUGUUAGUAGUACCGGACAGCAAAAUUAACAUUCCACCACGCGCGCAAACGAUAGUACCUAUACGAGUGAAUACGUUUUUACAAAACAAGUGUUUGGUGAUUCAAAGCCAACGGAUUAAUGAGAACGUGAUAAUUGGUAGUACAAUAGGCAAAGUAGAAAAAGAAUAUAUGAAAGGAAUAGUGUUAAAUUAUUCGGACGAGUGGCAAGAAAUAAAUGAAUUGGAAUUAAAUAAAUUGGAGUAUGAAGAAUACGAGGACUGUGAACAGGUGUUAAUAUGCAGCAACGAGAAAAAUAGGUUCGACUUACUGUUAGACGCGUUAAGAGUAGAUCAUUUAAAUACAGAAGAAAAAUAA